CAAAAUAAACAUAUGGAAACGGUUUAAUCAUCGAUUAAUUAAUUGAUUGAUUGUUGAUUUUGAUAAUUGUCGAAAUAAAUAUUUUCAUCUUGAAAAUGGACGUCAUAUAUGCAAUGAAAUUGUAUAUCAAUAAAAUGGUCGAUGAUGCUGGUCCUGGCAUCAAAGCAUUGCUUAUGGAUAAAGAAACGAUCAGUAUCAUCAGUAUUGUAUAUGCCCAAUCGGAUAUGCUACAGAAAGAGGUUUAUCUUUUCGAAGCUAUUGAAAAUUAUGUUCCACGACAAGAAUCAUUAAAAUUUGUUAAAUGUAUUGUUUUUGUUCGACCAACCGAAAAGAAUAUCACCUAUCUAAUUCGUGAACUUAAACAUCCACGUUUUUCACAGUAUUUUAUCAAUUUUAAUAAUAUUAUCAGUAAAACCGACAUUAAAGCAUUGGCUGAAGUGGAUGAAUUUGAAGUAGUCAAAGAUGUGCAGGAAUUUUAUGCCGAUUAUCUGGCAAUCAAUUCACAUACAUUUUCGUUGAAUGUUAAAUCAUGUUAUCAGAAUAUACGCAACUGGAAUCCAAUUUCAUUUCAUCGUAUCACACAAGGAAUUAUUUCCAUACUUUUAUCACUUAAUCGUUGUCCACUAAUUCGUUAUCAAUCAUCAUCUGAUAUGGCCAAACGUUUAGCCGAACAGAUACGGCAAACAAUAGCCAAGGAAAAUGUUUUAUUCGAUUCGAAUACAUCGACUGAAUCACAACCGAUACUAUUGAUAUUGGAUCGUAAAUUUGAUCCAAUCACACCUUUAUUAAAUCAAUGGACCUAUCAGGCAAUGUUACAUGAAUUGAUGACCAUUACAAACAAUCGAGUCAGUUUGGCUAAUGUUCCUGGUGUUGCAAAAGAAUUGAAAGAGAUUGUUCUAUCACAGGAACAAGAUGAAUUUUAUCAGAAAAAUUUAUUUCUUAACUAUGGUGAAAUAUGUUCGAAUAUUAAAUGUUUGAUGGAAGAUUUUCAACAAAAAACGCAACAACAGAAAAAGAUUGAAACAAUAGCCGAUAUGAAAUCAUUUAUUGAAACGUAUCCACAAUUUCGAAAAAUGUCCGGUACAGUUACAAAACAUGUCACAUUGAUUGAUGAAAUUUCACGUAUAGUCAACGCAUAUUCAUUGUUGGAAGUUUCUGAAGCUGAACAAGAAUUAAUCUCUACCGGUAAUCAUUCUGAAUCGGUCAAGCGAAUAUCACAGCUUAUAUCAUCGGAUAAGAUACGAAAUUGUGAUGCUAUUCGUUUGGCAUUGUUGUAUGCAAUAACAUUCCAGAAUAAUUCCAAUUGUGAUAUACGUAGUUUAUGUAGGCUAUUGGAACGUCGUAAUAUGAAUCCCGGUGACAUCAAAAUCAUUAGUCAAUUAAUGGAAUUUUGUGGAUUAAAACAACGUUUCGGUACUAAAGGUGCAACAUCAAGCCAGGAAAUUCUGACCACCGAACAUGUGAGAGCGUUUACAAAGAAAGUAAUCAAAGGAUUCAAAGGCGUGGAAAAUAUCUACACACAACAUACACCGGUUAUUAAAGAACUAGUUGAAGAUUUAAAUCGUUGUCGAUUACGUGAAACGGUAUAUCCAUUCUUAGGCAGUGUACAACAACGUGAACGACCACAAGAGAUAAUUAUUUUCAUUAUUGGUGGUAUAACCUAUGAAGAAUCGUUGAUUGUUUAUAAUCUUAAUCGACAAUUACAAGGAACGAAAAUCCUAUUAGGUGGAUCAAUGGUACAUAAUUCAAAAUCAUUUUUGGAUGAAGUUCGUUGUGCUUGUCAAUAUCAUUCCGAAACAACAACCGGCACUAUAGUCAUGGGAGGAACCAGUCAUCAUCAUAGUAAUAAUAGCGGUGCAUUGGCAUCAGUCAUAAAUAAAAUUGAAAAUCUUUAGUUCAUUAUUAUAAAAUUAAAUUUUAAUAAUAAUAAUUG